AUGGAUCAUAUAUCGAUUUCUGAUGAGAAUUGUGAUUUGGGACAUCAGUUUUCUCCUUCAUCUUUGGAUCAAAUCGACCAAUCACCAUCCACAGAGACUUCAAGCCACUCGAUUGCGAGUGCCGACUCGUUUUCCUACUGCCGGACUAAUUCCGAGGCCUCGGCCGCAUUUUCAGAGCCAACUGACGAUAGCAAUAGCUAUGCUGAUGUGGCAUCCCCGCGCAGCUGGCAAGGGCUCAAGUCCCCGGCUCGUGCUGCGCUGUACAAAUUAGGGAUGAGGCAGCACAAGCAUGGGUUAGAUGAUGAGAUUAUGAAUUUAGAGUUAGAGUUGAUGAAGGAGAGAUUUUCUAAAUUGUUGCUUGGGGAGGACAUGUCUGGGAGUGGCAAAGGGGUUUGCACGGCUGUGUCCGUCUCGAAUGCCAUAACAAACCUCUACGCAUCUGUGUUUGGUCAGCACCACAGAUUAGAGCCUCUGCACCCAAAAAAGAAAUUAAUGUGGAAAAGAGAAAUGAAUUGUCUUUUGUCUGUGUGUGAUUACAUAGUAGAAUUCAGUCCCACACUUCAGACUCUUAAAGAUGGGACUACCUUAGAGGUAAUGGCGAGCAGGCCGCGAUCAGAUAUUUACAUCAACCUCCCUGCCUUGAGAAAACUCGACACGAUGCUCGUGGACAUACUGGACAGCUUUCAAGAAACCGAGUUCUGGUACACUGAACAAGGCAGCAUCUCUGCAAAUUCGUCUUGUUCGGGAAGCUCGUCGGGUUCGUUUAGGAGAGUAAUUAGCCAGCAUAAGUCUCAGCAUUCGGACGAGAAGUGGUGGCUGCCCGUGCCCUGCGUGGCGCCCGACGGGCUUUCCGAAAAAUCCAAGAAAGAUUUGAGGCAAAAACGAGACUGCGCGUACCAAAUACACAAGGCGGCCAUGGCCAUAAACAGCGGCAUUCUUGCCGAGAUGCAGAUUCCAGAUUCGUACAUGGCUUCCCUUCCUAAGAGUGGAAAAGCAAGCAUUGGGGACAAGAUAUACCGAUACAUGUACAAUUCGGAGAAAUUUUCGCCCGACCGGUUGCUCGACUCCCUCUACAUAAGCUCCGAGCACGAGGCCCUUGAGCUGGCAGACAAGGUGGAAGCUUCCAUGUACACGUGGCGCCGUAAAAUCUGCACGGCCCAUUCGAAAUCCUCGUCGAACAAGAAUCACAUCCUAGCCGAAAGAGCUGAUACUCUGUUGUUCUGCCUUAGACAAAGGUAUCCCGAGCUUUCGCAAACUACAUUGGACACGAGCAAAAUACAAUACAACAAGGAUGUAGGGCAGGCAGUGCUGGAGAGCUAUUCAAGAGUAUUGGAAGGUUUGGCAUUCAACAUUGUGGCUUGGAGUGAGGAUUUAAUCUUUGUAGAUAAAACCAUGAAAAAUCAGGUGUAG